AUGGACCUGUGGCAGUUUCUUGUGUGCCUGUCCCUAUGCACAGCCUUUGCCUUGAGCAAGCCCACAGAAAAGAAGGACUGGGUACACAAUGAGCCUCAGCUCAGUGACAAGGUUCACAAUUACACUCAGAGUUCUGAUUAUAACCAUGAUGCCUUCCUGUGUGCUAAAGAAGCAAAAACCAUUGAUCAGUUGACACCGGAAGACAGCAAAGAAAGACUUGGAAUGAUUGCAGAUAAAAUGGACAUGGAUAAAGAUGGGUUUGUGACAGAGGGGUAGCUGAAAUCCUGGAUUAAGCAUUCAACCCAGAAGAAAUACAUAUAUGACAAUGUUGAAAACCAAUGGCAGGAGUUUGAUAUGAAUCAAUAUAGCUUAAUCUCCUGGGAUGAGUCCAGAAACACGACUUAUGGCACUUACCUGGAUGAUCCAGACCCUGAUGAUGGAUUUAACUAUAAACAGAUGAUGGGUAGAGAUGAGCAGAGGUUUCAAAUGGCAGACAAGGAUGGAGAGCUUAUUGCCACAAAGGAGGAGUUCACAGCAUUCCUGUACACUGAGGAGUAUGACUACAUGAAAGACAUCAUGGUGCAGGAAACAAUGGAGUAUACAGAUAAGAAUGCCGACGGGUUCAUUGAUCUGGAAGAGUACAUUGGUGACAUGUACAGCCACGAUGGAAAUGCUGACGAGCCCAAAUGGAACAAAGAUGACAAGCUUACCAAGGAGAAGACUGUUGACAAGUAUGAUUUAUUCAUGGAUAGCCAGGACACUGAUUUUGGGGAGGCCUUAGUAUGACAUGAUGAGUUCUCAGUUGCAGACAGAGGAGCCCACAUCUAUUCAAAAGACACCUACCUGGGGGGCGAGCGGAGGCACCACAGAUCCUGCUAUCCGCAGCGACUGCAGGCAGCAAGCGGCCCCGGCGGGCAGGCGGGCGACAAGCGCGCGCUGGCCGGAAAGCAGAGGCACCGGCGCCUCCUGCGCCGAGCCGCCGUCUCCAGCACCGACAGCGGCGGCGGCAGUGCUGCGCCUCCAGUGGUCCGCGGCGCCGCAGCCCCUCCUCUCCCACGGGCGGGGCCGGCGGAAGUGGGCUGGCCAGCCUCGCACGCGGUGACCCUGAAUGGCUCCAGCGCUCAGGGCCUUGGAGCUCAGCCGCUACGAGCACCGUGGGAGAGCUCAUUCAAAAGGGAGCGGCAGCUUGGCGGCCUCUCCCUGGGGCGCUGCAGAGCCCUUGAUGCCGUCAUCCGGGCUGGUCAGUAUGUGACUGUACGUACAUACUGCCCCCGGCCCCAGUGUCACUUGGGAGCAAAAACUUCCCAGGCCCAGAGAAACACUUGGAUUCUGUGA